AUGUGGAAUAUGCUGAAGAGCAAGCCGGCAGCACUUGCUGCAGUGCCAUCCGAUCAAGUGAUCCCUCUUUGCUACUUUGACGACAAUGCGGAUCUUCGGGGGAUGCUUCUCAGUGUUAUGCUCAAGUUCGACGACAAACUUGACCCCGACAAGCUCAAAACAUCACUUGAGGAACUGCUUCAGAGAAAUGGCUGGCGGAAACUUGGAGCCAGGUUGAGGCUCAACGACCAACAAAUACUCGAAUACCACGUGCCCGAGACAUUCAACGAGAGUCGCUCAGCAUUUUCUUUUACACACGAGAAACAUGACAUGCAUAUCGCCGAACACCCCAUUGCAAGCCACCUACCACUGCCAACGCAAGAGCCAUCAGUUACGGCAGACCCCUAUCGCUUUCACGACUUGAUGCGACGGCCAGAUGGACCAAAGAAGCUUGCUGACUAUUUGAAUUCGGACGAACCGCAAUUAGGGGUUCACAUCGUGUCUUUCGACGACGCUACUUUGGUAUCCAUAUCCUGGCCCCACACUCUCUUUGAUGCGGGCGGUUUGAAGGGACUUCUGGACGCGUGGUCACUGGUUCUUCGAGGAAGACCUGACGAAGUGCUCCCCACGCACAGCAUCGAAAGCGAUCCUCUGGCGGAGCUGGGAAGGAAUGCCACUGAACCGUGCAAGGUUGCGGACCGACAACUUGGGCAAUGGGGCAUGAUGUCUUUCGGAUCCCGGUACGUUCUCGAUGUGCUCUGGCACGGCGUGGAAACCCGUAUGGUCUGCGUACCCGGCGUUUUCAUCAGAAAACUACGAGAGGCCGCAAUACAAGAGCUCAAGGCCGAGAUGAGCGAAGGUAACGAGCAAACUUUCUUGAGUGAAAGCGAUAUUCUGUGUGCCUGGUGGACACGGCUAGCAGUAUCACACCUUCCUCCCUCUGGCACCACAGUCACAGUCUCCAACACGUACGAUCUCCGCGGUAUAAUGGCAAAGGAGAUGCUACCAGCAGACAAAGUUUACCUCGCCAACGCGUGUACAGCACUACCAGUACUCUUGUCUGUAAAGGACAUCGCCGGCAAACCACUCAGCUUCGUGGCAUCUGCCAUUCGCCGUUCCAUCAGGGAACUCGGCACACGGGAGCAGGUCGAAGCAAUGGCAGCUACCGUCCGCGACACAUUCCCAAAGACGGGACAUUACCCCAUAUUCGGAGAUGCAUCCAUGCACCUGAUUAAUUGCUCGAACUGGACUAAAGGUCGGAUCUUCGAGACUGAUUUCUCGAGCGCGAUUGUUCCCGCAAUUGGAUCAAAAUUUCCACAUUCAGAAAAGCAGGGCACGCCAUCUUAUACUCAAGUCUGUGGCUGCUUCAGCCUGGAAUUGCUGAAUGGGGUUACCAUAAUGGGUAAAGACCUCGAUGGUAACUUUUGGCUGUCUGGGACGUUGAGAAAGGGACUCUGGGCUGGAAUUGAGCAGUCACUCAGCAAGGCUGAAGACUGA